GUCAACAGUACGUGUAGAUGGGAGACAACAGAUGGCCUGGCAACACCUUCUGUUUGGAACAAACUGCAGGACAAAUUUGAGUCCAAUUUACUGGCGAAUUUCAUGAAGUGCAAGUCAAGGCAGACGCUGGGGUCCAGGACUUAGUGACAACCAGGAGCAAAUUAUGGAGGCGACAGUAACCAAAGAUGUGACAUGGGAGAGGAAGGUCUGCCACAAGGAGGGGGGCCCUCCAGGCUCCCUCCCCUGAGGGGGGGUCCGUCCUCUGGAAUCACCCUCAACCCCCCUCAGUUCCUCCCUCCCAUCUCAGUCACAAGUCUAGAAGACUCAGGGCCACUUCUCCUCAACCAGGCUUCCCUCCACCCCGUGUACACCUUACGUGUGAACGACGCCAUGCGACCGGGAUCAUCCGAGUCUGAACGGUCCCUAGCGACGCCGGUGUUUGCGGUAGAAGACGUAGAACAGACGGCCGAGGUCCUGGGAAGUUGUUUCCGCUUGUUGGACUCCUCUGGCCACAUCGGGCUGCAAAGACGCGAUCAAGGUGUUUCCUUCAUUCAUUGUCGCAACGGGGCAACGGUCGCAAAGAAGUACUCCGAGCUGAGACAUUUGAUGGAAAGUAGAGCUCACUUGCUUCUACUGAAAGACUGUGGAUUGCGAGUAUCGUCUGCCACCACUUUUGUGCAGAGCAUCCAGCUCAUGGUGAACGAGGAGCUGAAAGUCUGGCAGGAGAUCUCCCAGGCGAAGACAGCGGUGGAAGGCACCAGCUCCCGGCUGGAAAUCUUGGGAAGCAUCUGUGACGACUUACGGACUCACGUGCUGCACUGGGACGACAUCCAGAGACGGAUGUACACAGAUAAAUGGCUGCGGGACUGCGUGUUACGGCUGCAGGAAGAGCUGGCACCGGUGCGAGAAAUGUUGCUGCAGAUUCGGGACGAAGCCCUGCACUGGGUACAGAGACUCAUCACGACGGGUCUGCACGUCUUUGCACACUGCGAGAUGGGGGAAGUGUCAAAGAAAGGCCUGUGGAGCAUGGCCCGCGGCAUCGAGGUCUACAACUCCCUCGUAUCUCAGGUCCAACAUUCCAGGCAUAGACCAAGAUACAGCGACACCUCCUCUCUCCUGCAUGUGUCAAGGUCUAAUUCUACGUGCAAUACCAGUUACAGUAGCGUAAAACCAAUUCCACUGCAGAGAAUCCUUCUCAUCCUCAGUCAUGAACACUCCAAAAAGGCAGCUAAGAUUGUACAUGACUUUUUUGCAGGGAACAGUGAAUUCCAGUCCCUUAUAAGAACUCCUAGCUUGCCCAAGUUUGACUGGCAAGGUUAUCCCAACGAUCAAAAUGGUCGUCAAAGUAGCAAUACUUCAGACUACCACAGUGACACCGCAAGCCAAAUGAGUAGUACGACAAGCAUGCUGUUAAAGGUGGGAGACAUGAAAGCUCCUGAUCUCUCCAAGGAAGAUCCUCCUUUGAUUGAAUUCACAAAGGAGGAAGAAUACCUCAUUUCCGCCUUCCUAGAAGUCGUGUCAAAGUCCACAAACUUCUUACGGCGUGCUCCCAGGAAACCGUCAGUUCCGGACAGCAAGGCAGUAGUUGCAACGGACGGGAACACGAAAGCCAGAACUUUGACUUUUGGUGAGUACAAGUUACCCGCUACUCAACAGAACCUUAACAAUGGGAAAUCGACGGACAAACUGAACGAAACUUGGUCCGGGGAGGAUGCCGAAGUUUCAACGAACGGCCAGCGGAGGCGUAAGAGCGUGCACUGGGGAGACAAUGUGGACUCCAGCCUGCGGGUGCACCUGCGUGGGAAGUACCUACAGAUGGUGUGGCAGAGCUUUGGCGCGAACCUUGCAGAGAUGGUGUUGGAGCCAGCCUGGAGAGGGAACCCCACAGGAAUGGGGCCUAUUGUCCUGUACAACCCGACAGUAGCCAUGUUACUGCUACACAUGGUCAACCAGGUGUCUGCCAAAGACAUCCUCCCGACAGCAGCAGUAGCAGCACUACAGCCUGUACUGCACAGCUUACACCUUACAGCUGCUGUACAGGACUGGGACAGUGCAUUUUGUGAGGCAUUGUCUACCUCUGCCAAGGACAAGUGUGUGGCUGUGUCCAUGGGUCCGGGGGACUUUGGCACACAGACUGUACGACUGUUCCAGGAAGUGUGCUCACCCCUUAUGAGUGUUCUGCAAUCUGUGGAGAACAGCCUGCAGAAGGGAUAUCCCUCAGGACAAAAUGGUGUCCUCCCUCCACCUGUGAACUACCAGACACAGCUGUUACUGUCCAUCCCGCCCACCCUGGCUCGACUGGUGGCGACGUUACAGGCCGCCUCACACUGGCUCAGCACCAAGACUAACCUGUACCUGUCCUCAUGGACUCUGGACAAGUUCUUAUUACUGUCACAGAGAGAUCUCAAGGUGCUGACUGACACAGCCGUGCUGUCCCUGAAGCAGAGCAGACAGCUGUACAUGCUGGCAGAAUCAGGAGGGGCCAAUUACCAGCUCAAACUCCGCCUGAACCACAUGGUGCAACAACUCAACCACAUCAGCGCCGGGCUACAUUGCCUGUCCAGUUCAGCGAGUCAGUCUUUCUCCCAGGACUGCACCAAGAUGACCACCAACUUCUGGCAGGAGUGUAUGCCGACCGGCAAGGUCUGGAGAAAGAAGAGCAGUCUGGACCUUCCGGAGGAACCCAACACAUAUGCUGAGCAGGCAGUGGAGACUGUGCUCUUCCCUGUCACAGAGGGGGUGAGCAAGCUGAAAACAACAGCCCAGAUCUCGGCUGUUUCAGUUGCUGUCAGUGCCAUGUUGGAGUCCUGGCUGGGCCACAUACUGAAAGAGAGGAUCAAGUUCAGUUACCACGGUGCACAUCAGCUCCAGCUGGACUUCAGCUGUGUGAGAAGCUUCGUCUCCUCCGAGUUCAGCGGGCUGUCGGCCGACGCCCAGCAGAGCAUCCUGUCCCUGGACGCCUUCAAACACGUGGAGGGGGUCGUCACCCUGCUGAAGAAGCAGCCGUUCGGCAGGAAGGGGAGGAGUGAGACGGGGAGUGAAGGUGGUCUGAAACUCAGCCACACUCUGGAGUCCAACAUGUCGGAGUACAGCCACAGUACGGGCCCCGGGUCAACCGCGGGAGCUUCAGCAGCGACAGUCCCCCUGGCCAACGGUAGCGACAGCGACGUGGCGGUGAGCGGCAGCGAGGAGGACCUGUACCGCCUGCCCAACCGGCAGGCGUGGCUGGCACUCAGGGUGCAUGGCGGGGAGAGACAGUGGAAGCUGCCGUCCUUCCCCUGCAUGUCAGGACAGGCUGAUGUGUUGUGACCUGAGCUGGGCAACGUCAGCAGAAGCCUACAACUUACACAAGGGGAAUUCAGUAAGUUCUCACACUGAAACAAGGGGCACAACUCAGAUUUUCAGGCAUACAUUUUGUAGUUAUGAAGGAUGAAGCCAUUUAUGAAUAUCCACCAAAACUCAAAAUUUCAUCAUUACAACAUACUUUGCUGGCAAUGUCCUUUUUGAAGUUAGGUUAGGCUUCACAUUUUAUACUUGCAUGUAUGUCCUAAAGCUUGAGUUGUGCCUUGUUUCUGGGUGAUGCCAAAAACUUACUGAAUGCCCCUGGCAGCGAAACAUUGAAUGGCUGGGACAAAUCAUUCAAUAUCUGUGUUAACAAAGUGACAAGUGAAGUUUACACAUAUCUCCCCUUGUUGGAUUGUACUGAACUGUGGCAAACAUAGACCUUUGGCCAAUUUGUAUUGUAUUUACAUGUAUGUGACGACUGUUGCAAGAAGUUAACCUGUACAAAGCCAUGAAUGCCCACAUUGUGUUGGUCAUGAACAUGUAGCAUCAGCCAUGGGAUGGCCAAACAGUCUAAGGGAUCUAAGGCGUAGGUUGUUUGGACUUCCCAAUAUGUUGUCUCAGCAAAGAAAAACAUCAGAAGUAAGUCAUGGAGACAGAAUUUCAUAGUUUGUAACGAUACAAACAAGAGUAGAGUUAGAUGAUGUUUAUAACAACUUAAGCUAUCUAUGCUGUGCCAUAGGUUUGACUGAACAUCGGAAAUACCAGUAAGGUUUGAGAUGGUCAUCAGCAUGAAUUAUAGUUGUUAACUUUGUGUUAUGUUGUGUGUGAGAGUCACAAACUACAUUGUAUGUUGUGUAUUAGAAGUUAAACUGUUGCUUCUUCCUAUGUGAUGUGAAGUCCUGUUUUUGUCAUUUGUAUUCUUUGGGCAGCUACUGCAAUGUAUAGUGGAUAAAUUUUGAUAUGAACUGCGUUGUGUACUUGGAAAAGAGCCAACUCUUGUACAGAGAUAAAGGAGCACAGAGAAACCAUAUUGCCAUUGGUAAAGUGAUCAUGUGUAAUCUUUUAUGUUGGAACAAAGCUAAAUGUAAUAAUGAUCUAUUCAGGAAUGAAUUAAAGGAAAAAUGGUUUAAAAAGUACAUUUAAAAGACAUAUUAUUAAGUAUGAUGAAUACAAAACUGUACAUUAAUCUAGAUAGUUUGUUGUUUCGGCCUGUGAUGUGUAAGUUAUAUUUUAAUGCUUUAUCAUUGCUCUUGUGUGUGCUAAACAUCAGUGAGCAGUUUUACUUGGAAUGAACCUACCUCAGGGCAUGUGUACCUGUGCAUAUAUAUCGAGGAACGAAAUGUUGCAAUGUAUGGUUGUCAUCAAAAGUCUUUUUAUUGCCAAUCCAUAAAAAAACACAAAUCAAACUACCAGUACAUAAUUAACAUAAUCCAGUGUCAACCACAUACCGAUAGUCAGUCAUUCCAUUCCCUAAUGUUCUCCCUACUAGAGUGACUGUUUGCCUCUGCUGUGUACUUAUCAUGUGUACAGUAACUAGAUGUAGUAGUAUAUGAUGAUCUAAUCAACUCAAGAAAGUUGGGAGGAUACCUGUAGACACCGAGGACUAGCUAAGCUGUAGGAUAGUUGAUUUGAGAGACACCUGUCUGCAAUGUCAGGAGUGAGAUGUCAGCUUGCACCAACAGAUGCAUUUCUGUAUAGUCAAGUGUAAAUAAGAAAUGGUGCAUCUUAUGAAUUGUAGUACAUAUUGUUCAGAUGCUUUGGAUAUUUUAUAUUAUAUUUUAUUUGGACCUCUAUCUGUGGAAACAAAUUAAAAAUAUUCCAAAAGAUUAUACA